AAUUUAAAAAUAAUAUAUACAAUACAAUAAAUUUAUUUACAAAAAAAAAAUGCAUUAAAAUUUUUAAAACCAUGACAUUUAAGUUUCUUCUUAAUUUAACUCUUAUAAAAACUUUUACCCUUAACAAUAAUAUUAGCAAAAUUACUAAAACCCUUUUAAUUAAAAUGCCUAAAAAUAAGAUAAAAAACAAAAAAAUAAUGAUCCACAAAAUAUAGGAGCAAACCUUUAAUAAAUCGAUUGGUCAAAGGAAACAAUGCAACCUUUCUAAAAAGUGUUUUACAAAGAAAACUAAUAAGUACGUCCCUAAAAUGAAAUAGAUGAAUAUUAUGAAAAAAAUAGUGUUUCUGCAAAAAGUCCAUAUGGGAAAAUUCCUUCCCCUUUCUUAAGUUGGUCAGAUGCCCAUUUUCCUAAUUAUGUAAUGACUGAGGUACAAAAUGCAAAAUUUGAAAAGCCAUCUCCAAUUUAAGCUUUAUCUUUUCCAAUAGUAUUGACUGGGAGCGAUUUAAUAGGAAUAGCAGAAACAGGAAGUGGUAAGACUUUAGCCUUUUUACUCCCAGCAAUAGUCCAUAUAAAUGCUUAACCAGCAGUGAGAAGAGGAGAAGGCCCAAUAGUAUUAGUACUAGUUCCAACAAGAGAAUUAGCAAUGUAAAUUGAAAAUUAAUCAGAGAAGUUUGGGAAAACUUCAAAAAUAAAAACUGCUUGUAUAUAUGGAGGCGCAGAUAAAUUUCCAUAAAAAAUUCUUUUAUAAUAAGGAGUUGAUGUAAUAAUAGCUACCCCAGGAAGACUUAUUGAUUUUUUAGAAAUGGGAGUUACAAAUUUAAAAAGGGUGACUUAUUUGGUUUUGGAUGAAGCUGACAGAAUGCUUGAUAUGGGAUUUGAAUUACAAAUAAGAAGAAUUUUAGGUUAAAUAAGACCUGACAGAUAAACACUAAUGUUUUCAGCAACUUGGCCUAAGAAUGUGUAAAAUUUAGCUUCUGAUUAUUGUUAAAAUCAACCUGUUCAUAUUUAAAUGGGAAAAUUCGAACUCUCUAUUAAUGAUAGAAUUAAAUAAAUUGUUUAUGUUGUUGAUCCUUCUAAAAAAUAAAAUUUAUUAAUUAAAUAAUUGGAUUAACUUACUUAAAAAGAUAAAGUUUUAGUGUUUGCUUAAACAAGAAAAGGUUGUGAAAUACUUAAUAGACUUUUAGAAAGUGAAGGAUUCAAAUGUAUGGCUAUUCAUGGAGAUAAAACUUAAAAAGACCGUGAUUAUGUAAUGCAUAAAUUCAAAAAUGGAGAUAAUAAAAUUCUCAUAGCAACAGAUGUAGCUUCUAGAGGUUUAGAUGUUAAAGAUGUUUCACAUGUUUUCAAUUUUGAUUUCCCUAAAGUUAUGGAAGAUUAUAUUCAUAGAAUAGGUAGAACGGGUAGAGCAGGGGCUUAUGGAAUUGCUGUUUCUUUUCUUGAUCCUGAUGUUGAUAGAAAAAUAGCUAAGGAAUUAUUAAAAAAUUUAUAGGAAGCAAAAUAAGAAAUUCCUGAUGAUAUUUUAGAGCUUGUUGAUGUUUCAUAAAAUCAAAGAGGAUAAUACAAAUAAAUUUCAUAAAGUUAUUAUGAUAUAAAGAAAGUUUUCACAGAUAAAACAAAUGAAGAAAAUAAUCAAGAUCAAAAUAAAAGGGAUAAUAGAGAAAGGGAUAGGUCACCAUCCAUCAAAAAGAAAAAUGAUAGCCGAUAUAAAAAAGACUCCCCAACUAACUAAUAAGAUCUUUAGUAGAAUUCUAAAUUAAGGGUUUCCAAGUUCUCACAACCAAAUUAAGACAGUAACAGAAACUUAUAAUACUAAAAUUAUCCUUAAAAUGUUUCUUAAUAUGAUCCAAGUAAUUAUUAUAAUAUGCUAAAUCCUUAGUCUAUUGCAUAUUUAUAAUAAUAAUAAUAGAUGAUGCUUGGAUUAUAUUAAACAAAUUAAGGAUAGUCAAAUUACUAAUAAAUGUAUUCACUAUAAUAAAUGUAUGGAGUCAAUUAAGAUUAUAACAACUCAGUUAUAAAAAAAGGUGAAUAAUAGUAAUAAAAAACAAACGAUGAAUAAAAUCAAACAAACGAAGAAAAGAACACACAAAAUAGCUUUUAAGAAUUUUAAAAUCCUAAUUGA